CGUCAAUUAAAUGACGACAGAGGAAGUUCAAGCGAUUGGUGCUAGUGGGAAAACGUGGUGUCCAGUUGAGAAAUGCCUGUGGCGGGGAAGCUUCCUCCCUUCCGCCUGCCUCCUCUGCCCACGGUUGGCGAGCUGAUAAAGUUAUAUAACCUGCGAGCUGCAAAACAGCUCUCACAGAACUUCCUGCUGGACUUGAAGCUGACAGACAAAAUUGUCCGUCAGGCAGGAAGUUUGAGGGAUGCCCACGUGUGCGAGGUUGGUCCUGGUCCUGGCGGACUGACCCGCGCCAUCCUAAAUGCCGGGGCAUCCGACCUGCUGGUGGUGGAAAAGGAUUCACGUUUCAUGCCUGGACUAGAGCUGCUAUCUGAGGCCGUUCCGGGGAAGAUGAGGAUCGUCCACGGGGACAUACUCACCUACAGAAUGGACAGAGGAUUCCCCAUAAAUAUUGCUAAACCGUGGGACGGAGAUCCUCCAAAGCUACAUAUCAUUGGCAAUCUUCCCUUCAACGUAUCAAUACCCCUAUUGAUCCGGUGGUUGGAGGACAUGGCAAACAGAACAGGACCCUUCAUCUACGGACGCACCCAGCUCACACUCACCUUCCAGAAAGAAGUGGCUGAGCGUUUGACGGCGUGCACACGCAGCGCACAGAGGAGCCGUCUGUCUGUCCUGACUCAGUACCUCUGCACGGUCCACAGCUGCUUCACCAUACCUGGAACAGCCUUCGUCCCCAAACCGAAGGUGGACGUGGGAGUUGUUCACUUCACCCCUUUGGUUCAGCCUCAGAUCCAGCAGCCCUUCAGGCUGGUCAACAAACUCGUCAGAAACAUUUUCCAGUUCCGCAGGAAGCACUGCUACAAAGGAAUCGGGAAAUUGUUCCCGGAGGCUUUCCGUGCCGAUGUGACGCAGCAGAUGAUGUGCACGGCUGAUGUGGAUCCGACCGCCCGGCCCACAGAACUCACCAUACCUCAGGUCAGGGCGCUGGCAGAUGCGUACGCUCACCUGUGCAUCCAGGACCCCAAUCUGAUUAACUACGAGUUCAGGGAGGAACUGAGAGACCAGAGACUGAAAUCCACUACGCACAGAAGAGCCCACCUCAAACAGCACCCUGUCGAGUCCUUGGCCACCCUGCUGGAAAAACCGCAGGAGAGCCAUUAACGUGUCCGUUAGCGCGCGCGCAGACAACGGACUGCUCUUAGCCUUGACAUUUCCACCCGGCGUAAAGUGCAUUUUUAAAGGCUCUCCCCCUGCACCCUGGAAGCGGUGGCAGAAAUACUGUGACAGAACUGUGGGACUAAAGGGGGCCCGGCUGGAACAGUUCCAAGAUCUCCUUCCAGAAUCAGGUUUAGACCUGAGCCUGCGGAAUUGUUUUGGAAGAACGCAGCCAGGGUGUUGGUUCCCGCCAAGCGCUCUGAGGAUCGCUACUUAAUAACCGGUUGGCUUUAUGUCCCAUAUCCAAGUCUCAGAACCUCCUGUGGGACUGAAGGACACGUUUAGGAUGGUUUUAGAUCCAGGCCGACGUGUGCUACUUUUUCCACACCAUUUACAGGCAAAGUGCUCAAAAUAUCUCAAGAAACGUGUUCACUGUUUGCUUGUUAAUGUUAAAUUUGUUUUAUUUUGACAGAUUCUACU